AGUACACCCAGUGACUCUGAUGUAUGCCGCCUUCAUUCACGACUCGCUUCCACCUCUGGACCUGACACAUUCCAUAGUUUUUUUUGCAAGUGAAACCCAAUUUGUUGUAAAAGUAUUUUUCAAAGAAUAUAAAAAUGGCCAACUAUUCAGAAGAUCAAUUAGCUGAAUUCCAAGAAGCCUUCAACUUGUUCGAUAAUCGCGGUGAUGGCAAAAUCCAUGUCAGCCAGGUGGGUGAAUGUUUGCGUGCCUUGGGUCAAAACCCCACUGAAUCGGAUGUCAAGAAAUGCACACAUCAACUGAAACCGGACGAACGAAUUUCCUUUGAAGUAUUCCUACCCAUUUACCAGGCCAUUUCAAAGGCCCGUUCUGGCGACACAGCCGAUGAUUUCAUUGAGGGUUUGCGUCAUUUCGACAAAGAUGCCAGUGGUUUCAUAUCCUGUGCUGAGUUGAGACAUUUACUUACAACAUUGGGUGAGAAAUUGACCGAUGAAGAAGUAGAACAGCUGUUGGCUAACCAAGAAGACUCUCAAGGCAAUGUUAACUAUGAAGAAUUUGUGCGUCUGGUCAUGAAUGGUUAAGCAUAAAAAAAGACAUGGAAAGUGGGAGCAUGGCUGCCAAAAAAAAAAUAGAUACACUAUAUCACCUAUGUACUUUAAUAACAACCACAACAACAACAACAAAACCCCACAACAUACCAAUUUUUUAUACAUAAAUGUAGUUGUUGUUUUUUAUAACUUAUUAAUUUUAAUUGAGUUAUUCCAGCAAAUUUUCAUAACCUCUUAAAUUAAAAAACACAAUUGUUUAAACUCAAAAAGUAUCUUUAAAAAAAGUAUUCAAUUGCAUCUAGUUUAUUAAUAACAAAAUUGCAUUUAAACAAAACGUAAAAAAAGAAAAACAAAAAAUUUCUAAAUUAAAUAAUCUUGGUCUUCAAUUAUUUUGUGUAUUGUUUCGUUAUAAGCUUAUUUAAAAGAAAAUAUACAGUGCUAAUUAAACGUUGCUUCUUUUAAUUUUCAAUUUGCCUAACAACCACUAACAAUUAAAACAUUUACUUACAAUUUAAUUUUUUUAUACACAUAAAGUCUAGAGCAUCAUACAUAUAUUUCGUCGUUCGACCUCAUUGAUGUCAUAAGACAACAACAAUGCCAUAAAUAUGUUUUUUUUUUUUUCUUCUUUUGCAACUCCUCUGUGGCUAUUACAUAUCCACGGCGAGUUUCCUUUUAAGACUAACAUCCAUUUUUCCAGCUACAAUUUUUUGUUCAACAUUUAUUUCAAUCAAAUUCCCAAUCCCAAGUAUUAUUGUCAUUUAAAUUUAAGUCAUUUAAUUCCUUGUUUAACUGCAAACUUUCAUCUGUUUU